AAGCUUUGUUAUUUUUCUUUAGACGAUAUGAGGGAUGACAUAUUGAACCCAGACAGACGGCUACAACCGAAGGACGGAUUAAAGGUCUGUUUUGCGGAGUAUGGACCAUCGGAGGACAUCACUGCUCAUCUUCUGCCUAACAUUCCACAGAGCUUGGAGUUGCUGCAAUCUGGAAACUCAUCAAAUAUCCAUGAACUGUUAUAACUGCAACUUAUCCACAGUUCCUGCGGAUUUGCCUGAAGAGAUUAAUGGGCUGGAUCUGAGUUUUAAUCCUCUUAAACAUCUUUAUAAUAAGAGUUUGUCAAGACUAUCCCAACUUCAGAUUCUUGAUCUUACCAGGUGCGGUAUAUCUGCCAUAGAAGAUGAUGCAUUUUCUGGCCUUGACGCUUUGCAUACAUUAAUCCUCACAGGAAACCCAAUCAAGCAUUGGUCCCAAGUGGCCUUCACCGGUCUACAUUCUUUAAGAAAACUUGUUAUCGUCGAAACAUCUCUGGCAAGCCUUUCUGAACUUCAAGUUGGACAUUUCCCAUCGCUACAGGAAUUAAAUGCAGCUAAAAACUGUAUCGAUCGCCUUCAUAUUCCCUCCUUUUUAUUUAAGCUUCAUGUCCUUGAUCUCCGUGCAAACCGUAUCACCAAAAUCAACAAAGGAGACCUAGACAACCUACGAGAUGCAGACACCUCAAACCUCAGUCUCAUUUUGUCUCAUAAUUCCAUAAACUCUAUUGAUCCUGGGGCUUUUAGGUUCAUUAUCCUCCAACUAUUACACCUACGAGGUUGCCUUUCUCACGAAGAUAUCAUGAAGGCGAGCCUAAAUGCCAUUUCGGGUCUUCGCGUACAAAAGCUAUUAAUUGGACAGUACAGGAAUUCUCCUACAAAGGUUCACUUCAAGGAAAAUCUUUUAGAAGGGCUCUGUGGGUUGGAAGUUGAGGAGCUAACAAUUACGGGGCUCUAUAUUAGCUUUACAAAUACCUUUUUUGACUGUAUGGAAAACAUUACCUCUCUACGUUUCAUACAUACAAACUUAUACCAAUUCAGCCGUGAAUCUAUCGCUUCAAAUAUGCAGAAGUUCGAACUCAAGAACUCUGCCAUUGUGAAUGUGCCAUUCUACAUAGUAUCAGAGUUAAAGCACCUUAAGGAACUCCGGAUAACGAACAAUAAACGACUCACCAACAUUGACUAUUCACUGCAAACAUUAGACAAACUAGAGUUCCUAGAUUUGAGUAAGAAUAAUAUAAUGAUGCAGGCUUGUUGUGAUAAAUCAAUUCCUGGGAAAUCCCUUAAGCAUUUGAAUUUUAGCUAUAAUUCAUACAUCGGUUUGAGGAGUUCUUUUCUGAACAUGCCUCAUCUUCUGUCCUUAGACCUAAGUCACUCGAAGGUGGAUAGUGUAGGACAAUUUCCGAUAUUUAUGAAUUUAUAUAAUCUGACUUAUCUUGAUCUGUCCUACACUUCAUGUCAUUUUGUGAUUCACUGUUCCUUCUGUGGACUCUUCAAUUUGGUAGAGCUCCGUGUACCCCAUACCACAUUUGCUCCCGAUAUACUGGCCUCUGUUUUCCAUAACUUAAGUGGCCUCCGUCUUCUUGACAUGGAAUCUUGCGGAUUGGAGAACUUACCCAACGAAAUGUUUGGACACCUCAAACGAUUGCAAGUUCUGAAUCUGAGCAAGAACAAGCUGAUGGAGCUUCCAGCAUCUGUUCUGCUUUCUCUUUUUGCUCUACAACAUUUAAAUAUACGUGCUAAUAACAUCCAGGGGUUAUCUAACGAUACCAUCCAGGUUUUAUCAAAAAGCUUGGAGAAAGUGGACCUUUCAGAUAACCCCUAUGACUGUUCUUGCGCCCAGGAACAAUUCUUGAUGUGGGUCCAUGAGUUGAGCAUCAACAAUCCAAACUUCAGCAAUCAUUUGGAAUGCAAGACACCAGAACACCUUCAAGGCUCGCUACUCCGGGACGUCAACUUGAAGUGCAGCUGGACCCUCAUAUAUAUCAGCAUGUUGCUUAGUGUUGUGGUUGUGUUUCUUUUACUGCUGGUGUAUCACUUCUACCUGAAAAACAGCUUUCUCUAUUUAUGUUUUUGCCACCGAGGCUUCAAAAAGUCAGCGACUGAGAAAACCUAUGAUGCCUUUGUCAUACACUCCAGCCUAGAUGAGGAAUGGGUGAGGGAAGAACUCCUUCCGGAACUGGAAGAUGGCGACCCAUCAUUUCAGCUUUGUGUACAUUACAGAAACUUCGAAGCGGGCAAGCUGAUCCUUGAAAACAUUUUUUACAAUGGUAUUUGCUGUAGUCGGAAUGCUCUUGUCCUCCUUUCUCCGAACUUCAUUGAGAGCAAAUGGUGUUCUUUUGAGUUUAGGUUGGCCCUGUUCUGGAGGUUCUUGGAGGAUGAGUGUGGAAUUAUCCUUAUCCUACUGGAACCCAUCAGAGAAGAUCAACUUAAACAUAUGUACGUCCUAAGAAAAUACCUCAGCAGCAAAACCUACCUCAAAUGGGAUAAAAACGAUAAAGAAAAGGAAGUCUUCUGGAAGCGAUUAAGGAAAGCGUUGACGCAAAGUCGUAAAGUUGAUGCUCCGCUUUUGGGUCGUAAUCAGAAUGGAAAUGUGUAAUCUGCAGAAUAAACAGAACAAGGAGAUUGCAUUGUAAUGUGCUAAUGGUUUAGGAAAUAAUUUUAAUUUUGGAAUUGAAAUAAUCUGAAUAUGACUAUUUCAUGUCCUCAAUGGACUUUACAUCACGCUCUGCUAAAGUUGUGGGGAGGUGCAGUGUAGUGCGGAGGCAGUAAACACUAAU